CUCUCACCACAGGCACUUCCUUGUUUUGGGAACUUAAUAAGAAGUGGUCGGGUGUUUUUUGGUUACUCACCGGAUCACGGGAGGGAAAAGGCCACCGGAGGCACUAUAAAUAUCGGUCACGGCGUUCAAGGUUGACCCAGGCUCAUGAUAGCGGUCUUCACAGAUAACAUGGGAAUCACUGUGAUCAUCUUCCUUUUGAUUAUUGCGCAUUCUGGUGCAGCACCCUUUUCAAGAGAACAGUCCCAGAAAGAAAUCGACGAAUGGCUAUUAGCUGAGAAAUACUUGCGUAGGUUCUACAAUCUUCCAAAUGGGCUGCGAGGAGUUGAGAAGACUUCUGACGUGAUGCGGCAGAAGAUCCGUGAGAUGCAGGCUUUCUUCGGCCUGCAGGUGACGGGAAAUCUGGACACCAACACCCUGGGUGUAAUGCACACGCCGCGAUGUGGGGUCCCCGACGUGGGAGAAUACAAUCUCUUUCCGAGGAACCUCAAAUGGCCCACAACAAAUGUGACAUUCAGGAUUACAAAUUACACUCCAGAUAUGGAGAAGUCGGAUGUGGACAGAGCUAUCCACAAUGCCCUGAGUGUCUGGAGUGAUGUGACGCCAUUGAAGUUCAAGAAAGUGUAUGAUGGGAUUGCAGAUAUUAUGAUCAGCUUCGGAGCCAAAGAACAUGGUGACUUCAAUCCUUUUGAUGGGCCUAAUGGACUCCUGGCCCACGCCUACCCUCCUGGAGUAGGGAUGGGUGGUGACACUCACUUUGAUGAGGAUGAGACAUGGUCAAAUGACUCAGCUGGGUACAACCUGUUUCUGGUUGCUAGCCAUGAGUUUGGCCAUGCUCUUGGCUUGUCCCAUUCCUCUGACCCAGGCGCUCUGAUGUUUCCAGUCUAUUCCUACUCAAAUGGUUUCCCCUUGUCUGAGGAUGACAUAAGUGGUAUACAGGCACUUUACGGCAAAAACCCCAAUUCUCGUAAAAGGAAACCAAAACCAGAUGCCCCAAAUAAGUGUGACCCGGAGCUGACUUUCGACGCAGCAACUGAACUCAGAGGAGAAACGAUCUUCUUCAAAGACAGGUUCUAUUGGCGUCUACACCCCCAGCUUCCUGAGCCCGAUCAGACACUGAUCAAGUCUACCUGGCCGUCGAUUCCGAGCAGAGUCAAUGCAGCGUACGAAAACCCUGAAAAAGACCUGGUUUUCAUUUUCAGCGGUAUUAGGAUGUGGGCCUUAAAUGGAUAUACCCUGGUUGAAGGAUACCCAAAGUACAUCCACAAGUUAGGCCUCCCCAAAAGUAUCCGCAAAGUAGACGCAGCCGUUUACAUACGAGACACAGGCAAAACCCUCCUGUUCACUGACGAAGAUUACUGGAGCUACGAUGAAAGUCACAGUGUAAUGGACAAAGGAUAUCCGCGAUCUAUCGAGGACGACUUCCCGGGGAUUGGCGAAGAAGUGGAUGCUGUUACCUACCAUGAUGGAUACCUAUAUUUCUUCCAUGAAAAUGUGCAGUUUGAGUACAACUACAGAGCAAGGAAGGUCAUCCGGAUUUUAAGGCCAAACUCUAUGCUCAACUGCUGAGGCACACUAAGCUCUACAUGGGAAUAUUCCUUUCCAGUAAAAUCUGCUUUUUCAUUGCUGGUGGAUUUUGAAAAUGUGUGGACGGAAAUCCUUAAUUUAGCUUUAAUUUAUUUAUCACUUUAAUAAGGAAUGGUUGUAUGGAUUACUUUUUUACUUCAUUGAAAUGAAGGCCAUAUAUAAAAAUAUUAUUAAGUAUGGUAAACAGCUCAUGUUUGGUGGAUCUUUAUGCCUAAAUCCCUACGGGAACAACAUACAUCCUACAUGCUUGAAGAUGAGAUGUUAGGACUGUUAGAUUAAUUAAGUGAAUGUAGUUUGCAACAAUAUGUUUUUUGACUCUAAAGCGAAAUCCUGCACGCUGAUGCAGCAGUUCAAAAUGUAGCAUGCUGCUAUCACCCAUACAACAGUGAAAAUGAAAUAAAUGAUGAAAGAAAGCAUCAUACGGAAUUUAAUUUUAAAAAUCUUUCUCUGUUAAUAUUGUUAAUAGUAAAAGGCUUUGUACUAUAUUGUACAUUUAAUUUUAAAUUAAAACCAAU